CACUCACUGACCACCGACCACGUCAAUCUCAAUAUUCUCUUUUGUCGCAAAUGCAACCAAUUAAACCAGGGAGUUAAUCAAGUCAUCGUCCGAUCCCCAUCUUGCUCUCCGUCCAAGAUCUCUAUUCUCUAUCCUCAUCAUGGCUCCCAAGAAACGCAAAGCUGCCACCGGAGGCAGUACUCCAGUGAAGAAGGUUCGUAUCGGAGAAACGUCAGAAAUUCCUGACAUCUCGCCCGUUGGUCGCCCUAGAAGAACCUCGGUCGGUGUGCCUCAGUACAAUUUUACCAAAAGCAAGUCCUCUGUCACAAAGCGACCACCGUCGAAGGCGCAGAAACUUGAAGCUGAAGUGACGCCAAAAAGACGAGGACGUCCGCCAAAGAAAAGCCCAGCAAUUGCUAGCCCUGAACCUGCUACCACAAAGAACCAAGCUAGAGCUGAACCCAGAAAGAGAGGCCGCCCUGCAAAAAAAUCUACCACCACCGGCACCAAUGGUACUCGACAUGAGCAACAGAGUGACUCCAUUCCAGCCACGGUUCAAGUAGCAGCUCCCAAAGCAUCGCGGGUGCAGAAACAAACUGCCAAGGCUGGCCGGCCUCGAGGCUCUAUGCCGACAAAUGAACAUGAGACAGUCUCUGCCAGUGUUUCCGAGUCUGAGGUUAAAUUCAAUGACACUUCUGCAGUUGGAGGUGCUGUGAAAGCUACCACGGCGGAGAAGGAGGACAUUCAAGACGUGGACCAAGAUGUUCAGUAUUGGUUAAUGAAGGCUGAACCCGAAUCUCGCAUUGAGAAGGGUGUUGAUGUCAAAUUUUCCAUUGAUGAUCUUGCAGCAAAGACAGAGCCUGAGGGAUGGGAUGGCGUCCGCAAUCCAGCGGCGAGAAACAACAUGCGAGCCAUGCGCAAGGGUGACCUGGCAUUUUUCUACCAUUCCAACUGUCCCAACCCUGGCAUCGCAGGUGUCAUGCGCAUCGUCGCCGAACAUACCACGGACAGGUCUGCCUUUGAUCCGGCUCACCCUUAUUACGAUCCAAAGUCUGACGAGUCUAAACCCAAGUGGGAGCUUGUGCACGUGGAGUUUGUCAAGAAGUUCGAUAAGUUUAUUUCUUUAAAGGAUCUCAAAUCCUUCGCUCAGCAGGGUGGUGUGCUGGCCAGCAUGCAGAUGCUCAAGCAGAGUCGGUUGAGUGUCUCGUCAGUUGCUCCUACUGAGUGGCGAUUCAUUCUUGGUCUAGCUGGAGAAAACCCGACCCUUGGACAUAUCCAGGGCGAAGCAAAGGAUGGCUACGAGUCCGACGUUGAUGGCGAAGGCGAGGAGACAGCUGCUGAAGGUGCUGGUGAGAAAACUGUUGACACGAGCCUCGAAGGCGAUGUCAAAUUCGAGCUGUCUUCUCCGGUCAACGGUACGAAUGGCACCACCCAUGAGCACGCUGUCACUGCAGCUGCAUCUGAGACUGACUUCGAACAUCCUUGAAUGUGGAUAAUGUCAGUGCGAUGGCUGACAAUCAAGAGUCGCUAUUAUCAUUCUUGAAUUCGACAACAUUGUCGCUGGUUUUUGGCACCACGAUGAAGCCCAUGUGCAUGCUGAAGACAUCAGCAUUGAAGGGAGUUAAACUAAGGGACAUCUAAACGAUGGCGAUUGGGGUUGAUGGAACAUGCAGAAACAACGAAGUGAUUCACAGCAAGCUGUAGUUGCUCAGAAAGUCACAACAUUCAGCUGAAGAAGAUUCAUCAUGAAGACCAGGAAUUGAUAGCUGGAUCAAGACCUACGCAUAGAGGAGAGAAUUCACACCGUGCAUCUGCGGACACUGAAGUACCUAGAUACAUAGGCACAGAAAUAAUAGGUUCCCC